CUGGCUGCUAUAUAUUCAGAUGCUUCUCGAGUUGAUCAAUGUAGUAAUUGGAGCAGUUGGGGAAAAUGUAUUUGGCCGGAUAAAAUCAAAUCAACUCCAUAUCUUGAACAAGUUUCAAAUCUUUGUCAACAUCACUGGUUUUAUUCAUUUAUCAAAAAAUAUGAGAAGGUGAGAGUUGAGAAAGCAUAGCCAGGAGGGUUUGCGGAUUUUCCGGAUAAUCCGUUUUCUCUCACGGAUUUAUUUUUGGAAUAUUUGGUUAUUUUUCGGUCUGAUUCACGUUUCCAUAAAACUCAGAACUUUGAAAAUUCAAAACACUCUUGGGUCGAAUUAGAAUCUAAGUUUUAUUCAGCUUUUCAGAAUUUUUUGAUGAGCUAUCGAUAUAAAAACAACUGAACACUGGAAUUUAAAAAAAUACAGUAGUAAAACAUUGCAACUUCUAAAUUCCCAAAUUGUACUGCAACUCAUAAAAAUUACUGUAACACAAUUUUAUUAUUUUUCAGUCACUCAAUAGUUUCUAUAAUUAUAUGGGAAGUGUUUUGAAAUCGAAAAAACCCUGCGGACUUUGCUCUUAUAAACAAUCGUGUGGAUUUGGUGGAACAGUCAAAUGUAAUCAAAAUCCUUUUGCGUGAGUUACAAUCUUAGAUGUUCACUUACUCAAAAAAUCUUUUUCAGCAUACCGGGUGGUCGACCAAUAAUUCCAUUUUAUGUUGCUGAAAGAGUUUGUAGUGAAAAGGAUCUUGGACAAUCACAAGUUGAUUCAUGUGUUGUUGAUUACGACAAACUUAUGGUAACUUGAAACGGUCAUUUUAUUUUUUUACUCAAAAAUUUUCAGGAAAAUGGUAGUGAAUGUCAAUUGUGGCCAUCUCCCAAAGUUGAUUUAUCCGAAGUCGAAGAGCAAUUCCGGACACAUGUUGCUAAUUUGAGUUGGUAUACUUGUAUUCCACAAAAUCGGUGAGAUUCUAUCUAUUAUUUUUUUUUCUCUCGAUUGCGAUUCAUAAAAAAAAUGUAUCUAAUUCCAGAAAACUUCGACGUGGUCGUGGAAAACUUGCAAAAUAUCGUGUCGAAAAAGUGUGCCGUUGUUGUUGUUUCCCAUUUCGACCAAAUCCACGAACUUUUAAAUGUGAACAUGUUGCCGGAAAUCCAAUUGCUCCAGGAAUGUCAAUGUUGUCCGAUGAAUUUAAUAGGAAAAGGUCAAGACGAGUUUGA